CACUUAUUAGAGAUAAGAAGAAGAAGAAACAGAAAGAAAAAAAUUAUGAAGAGGAAAAGUGAAGUGUUGUUCUUCUUCUUCACUCUAGUGUUGCUUUUAAGCAUGGCUUCAAGUGUUAUUUUAAGAGAAGAUGGUUUUGCUCCUCCUAAACCAUCUCCCACCACACAUGAGAAAGCAAGAAGCAGUACUAAAGGUGACAGAGAUGGAGUAGAGUGCAAGAAUUUAGACAGUGAAGAAGAAUGUCUUGUGAAGAAAACUGUAGCUGCUCACACCGAUUACAUCUAUACACAAGAUUUAAACCUAUCUCCUUGAAACAAGAACCAUUACUCUUUGUCUUUUAUUUAGCAAAUUAUAAACGUAAACCUUUGAAAUGAGCUUUUCGCCGUUAAAUCCAGCUCUUUUUCUUCCGGUUUUACCGAUUAGUUCUAAAGUCUACUUGACCAUGUGUUUCAUGA